AUGCGAUUGGAGGAGUUUAUGAUGUACCCGGAUUGGGUCUGUCGAAUGGCUCUACUGCCGAGAUACGAGUGGAAAGGUAGACAAUCACCGGCAGAACAUUAUUCCUUGGCCAAACGCAUGCUCCUCAUGUUAGGAAUCUUUCAUUUGGUGUAUCACAAUAUCGGAUGCAUAAUGUAUGCCUAUCAUGUCGAUGGCACAUCCAAGGAUCCCAUUCGUUAUGUGGCGGAAUUGGCCACUGUGGGAAGCAUGCUCGGAUUUACAAUUGUGGGGACACUCAACCUAUGGAAGCUGCUGUACUUUAAGCCACAGAUUGAGGAAAUGCUGGGAGAUUUCGAGGAGUUCUUUAAACACGUCAAUGUGAAUGUGUAUCGACCUAAAAUGUACUUUGAGGCGUAUACGCGAUUUUUAAAAGGAUUAGUGAUUGUCUUCUGCUCGUCAAUUGUCUACUAUGAUUCAUUACCUCUAACCCUGAUGCUUUGGCAACACUUUAUGACGGAGUCGCAGGAGCUGAGCUAUGUGAUCCAGAGCAGUACUUGGUAUCCCUGGCAGAUCCAAGGCUCAGUCCUCGGCUUCAGUGUGGCGUUCAUCCUACAGACAUUCUCGUGUCAGCUGCUAAUGGCCUCUCUUAUGCUGAGCCAGUACCUCGUUAGCUUCUGCGGCACCCAGCUGCAAAUCCACUUCGACGGCUUGGCCAGGCAACUGGAGGCCAUUGAUGCUCGUCACCCCACGGCCAAGGAUCAGUUGAGAUAUCUUGUCACUUACCAAAGCCAUUUGUUCAAAUUGGCAGACAAGGUGAAUCACAUCUUCAACUUUACGUUCUGCGUUAGUUUAUUAACGGCGACUAUUGGAAUGUGUUUCCUGGCCUUCUCCAUGACCAUGUUCGAGGUGGGCGAGGCGCUCAAGCAUUUGCUGGGACUAACAAUUUUCAUGAUAUAUAAUUUUACCAUGAGUCGCGAUGGCACUCAUCUGACUUAUGCGGUAAGUUUAAGAGAAUGA